GUCACAAACAAAAACGUCAAUGUCACUACGACUUCAAUGGAAGAGAAGGAACUGGCUACCACCCAUCUGCCGCUCCCAGAACCGGCGAGAGUUCGAUCCUCAAGAGUGAUUCAACCCGCAACACUUCACAAAAGAAUAAUUCAUCCGACUAUAGAAAUCACGGACGGAUAUAAAAACUACGGAUAUUGGCGCCAUUGGCGUCCCGUCUUGAAUAACGUUAAUAUAACCGUUUAUGAAGGAGAAAUAUAUACGCUUCUAGGGCCACAGUGCUGUGGAAAAAGUUCAAUACUAAACAUUAUUUUAGGGUUUACAAAACUAACGGCGGGUAGUGUAAAGGUAUUUGGCUUUGAUCCUGGACAUGAACUAAGUGGAAUACCAGGAAUACGCGUUGGGUACAUACCGAAAUCUAGAGGUUUAUACCAGAAUUUCACUGUGAACGAAACUCUUCAUUACUAUGGCAGGCUGCUUGGUCUGGAAAAGGAAUACAUUGGAGAAAGAAUUUACUUUUUAGUAAAGCUACUGAAUCUGCCACCGAAAGAACAGCAAUACAUAAAAUCCUAUCCCGAAGGAGUUCAAAAGCAGAUAUCAUUUGCCAUUGCACUUCUUCACGAACCCGAGUUGCUUAUUUUAGAUGAGCCAUGUGAUGGUCUUGAUCCAAAAUUAACGCGCAGCAUGUGGGAGCAUAUGAAACUUUUGUGCAGAGAAGACAAGACUAUUCUUACAACAACUCAAACAUGUGACGAGGCAAGAUGGGCUGACAGACUAGGAUUUAUGAGAGACGGCCAAGUGUUACUAGAAGGUAACCCGAGAGAACUAUUGACGAGGUUUAAGGAGAAAACACUAGAGCGCUUGUACUGUAGAACGUAUAUAUCAGACCCCCAAAAGAUCCGGGAGUUCGAACCAGAAGAGGAUGCCCCCGUGGUGAUUAUUCCACGUAGCUCCUCGGCUGGUUUUCUGUACAGCGGGGAGGAAACAGUUGAACAUAUACGACAGUCAGUUCCUCGCGAACCAAGACCACGAAUGCAUGAACCUUUCAAGCAGAUACGCGAUUGCUACAAGAAACUUAAAAAGUGGCACGUGCUCCUUAAACGCGAUUUUACGCUUGCGCUACGAAAUUAUGGCUGGCUGCUGCUGUUUUUAGUUGUACCCACUCUAUUUCUGCUUUUAUUUUGCACAGCCAUAGGCACGGAUCCGCAUUCGUUACGUGUGGGUAGCGUUAAUUACGAAUGGAACAGUUUUCCAUGUAAUCAGUUCAAACUGGUCAGUUGUAAACUACUGACCUCUGUCGAUCAGUAUAUCAUCAACAUCCGCCAUUUCGAUUCAGAGAAAGAAGCGUUUGACGCCGCAAAAAAUUUGGACAUAUUGGCAAUUUUGGUGAUCAACAACACUUGUACAACGUACUUUGAGGAAUUUAUCGCGGACAUGAUGCUUGGCACGCAAAAGAAGAUGCCUUAUCCACCUAUUGUCCUAUAUCUGGAUACGACAAGCAAAAUAAUCUCCAGUACAAUUGAAUUUAGUAUUUCUAGUGCUAUAAAAAGUGUACUACUGAAAAGCUAUAAGAUGCAACGCGGAGAUGAUUUCAGUUUGGAACAAUUUUUAAUGAUUGAAAAUCCUAUUUUUGGAGCAGCAAAUACCCCCAAUGUGGAACACAUGGCACCAGGAAUGGCACUUUCGUUUGUGUUCCACAUAAUUGCUUUUGUUAUUGCUGUAAGACACGUUGUCUAUAAACAUGAAUCAAUUCCUUCCAGAAGUUACUUAGCAGGAAUCAAACUGGUAGACGAAGUGUUUUCCUGCAUGUUGGUGGGUGGAUUAUUUGCAUUCAUUCAAGCGCUUUUAAUGUGUCUUAUACUAUACUCCAUGUUUGAGAUGACAAUUAUUGAAAAUAUUGGUAAUGUCCUAUUCAUAAUAAUUUUACAAAUCGUGUGUGGGAUCUCGUUUGGAAUUUGUCUAGGAACUCUUUGCGACGCAACGGUAGCAGUAGGAGUGUGCGUAGUGGCGUCCUUUUUACUGACAAUGAUACUGGGUGGGAUUCAGUGGCCAGUUGAAGCGCUUCCACUAUGGCUAUACAUCGUUGGCUGUUUCCUGCCUUGCACCAAGAGCAUCGAAGCAUUACAAACUGUUAUUCAAAGAAACACCCACAUAAGCAACUAUAACGUUUGGAUGGGCCUCUUUGUCCCAUUCUGUUGGAUCAUUGUAUUUACCAUAAUUUAUACAAUUAAACAUCGAAUUUUUUAA